UUUAGAUGGCAGCCACCGAAAACGAAGGUCUCAGUUGCAUUCUCAUCUGUUAUAUCUGUGAGACAAGUAUUUGGGAGUCUCCUCUCGCUAUAUAUAUAUAUCGCCAAGCUCUAUAUUUUCUGCAUCCAUUUCUGUUUAAUCGACCUCGAUCUUCUCCAAUCAUCUCUCUACACCAUGGCUAAUGCAGCGUCAGGGAUGGCUGUGCAUGAUGACUGCAAGCUGAAGUUCUUGGAGUUGAAGGCAAAAAGAACUUACCGCUUCAUAGUAUACAAGAUUGAAGAGAAGCAAAAGGAAGUUGUUGUGGAGAAGGUUGGCGAGCCAGCUCAAAGCUAUGAGGAUUUUACUGCAAGUCUCCCUGCUGAUGAGUGUCGAUAUGCUAUAUAUGAUUUUGACUUUGUGACAGAAGAGAAUUGCCAAAAGAGCAGGAUUUUCUUCAUUGCAUGGUCCCCUGAUACGGCGCGGGUGAGAAGCAAGAUGAUUUAUGCAAGCUCCAAGGACAGAUUCAAGAGGGAACUAGAUGGGAUUCAGGUAGAGCUGCAGGCAACUGAUCCAACUGAGAUGGAUCUCGAGGUUAUCAAAAGCCGUGCCAAUUAAACAAUCCCUGGUCUUGCAAUGAAGUCCUUCAUGCUUUUUAUUUACCUAUGAAAAAUGUUAAUAGUUUGUGGGACGUUAAACCUGGCUAAGAUAUGAUAUCGGGUGGUUGAAGUUAUAUGUUCCAUAACAAAUUCAGUGGUCUCGAGCAAUAUUUUAUAAUUUGCCUUGUUUGGAACUCAUGUUCUCAUCUGUGAGCUAUAUGUUGUGUACCGUUCAUAUGGGGUUGGAUAACACCUUUUUGUUUUACCUUUUACAACUUUGCAAUUGGAUGCUUAACCUUUUUUUGGUUCAAAUUUCUGGACAUGUUAACGUGA